CGGCUUCCGCCGGCCGAGCCCCUGGCGGCGCGGCGGCGAGGGCAAAGCAGCUCCGGCCGGGGGCCGCCUGGCUCGCAGGGGCGUCGUGCUGGCCGCCUCCCUCGCUCUCCGCGCCCGGAUGCGUCCCCGGCUGGUCCUCGCCUGAACGAGGCGGGAAGCUGCGCCGGCGAGUCCCGCUCCCAUCCCAGGCGUCGGAGGGUGUUGAUGGGGAAGAGGUCGGAUGACAGCCGGGACUGUGGUAAUCACCGGUGGCAUAUUAGCGACUGUCAUAUUACUGUGCAUUAUAGCUGUUCUCUGCUACUGCAGGCUUCAGUAUUAUUGUUGCAAGAAGGAUGAAUCGGAAGAGGACGGCGAUGAGCCUGACUUCCCUGUGGAUUCCCACAUUCCCCCCCUGCACUGCAACCGCAACGUGGCUCUGACCAAUGGCCCUUCCUUGUACCGCUCCCCGCACAAGAAGCCCUCCCAGUCCCGGACUGCCUGUCCCAACUGCUCCCAGUAUGAGCCACCCACGUUCUUCCUCCAGGAGCCGGAAGAGGAGGUCCGCAAUGGGGGCGACCUGGUCAGCUACAAGGCCAUCAGCCAAGAAGACCUGGAAUUGCCCAUCAGCCUGAGUGGUGGCCUCCAAGCACUCAACCCGAACCGGCUCUCUGCCAUGCGCGAAGCGUUUUCCCGCAGCCGCAGCAUCAGCACAGAUGUCUGACCAGCCUCACCGGGGCGACUGCUAAAGGGUUCCCUUUUUCCCUUGGCCUCAAGGCUCGGCCGAAGGCGUUGCUCUUUUGAAGAAAGGAAAUCCGCCUUUCAGAACGAUGAAUGUACUUCCCAAGUCUCUUCCUCUCUAGUGUGGUAUAAACAGAACAGUGCAAGAAGAGCAGCUGUAUUGGCAGAGGUGUAGGUUUUCUAAAACCCGGUAUUAGCAGCUAUUACUUUCUUCCUAUAGAUGAGGUUUUUGAUACAGGACAUCCUUUUGUAUGAAUAUGCAAAACAGUUUGCCACUCUCAAGCCUGCCCAAGGGACAAGGGUGUUCCCUCCGCUUUCCCUGAUUGGCUGGGCGUAGGACGGGGGGGGGGGGGGAGGCUGGAACCGGAACCAGAGUCAGAUCCAGACUUGUCUUUGUGCAUAAUGCAAAUCAAAACAUGCCCCACCCUUUUCUCUGCAGCAGCCCCGACAUCAGUAACUUCUAGUGUACGAAAGCCUUGGACAUGAUCCCUGAAACCUUCCUUCCCAAAGUUGCUAUCAAAGAGGUAUUUUUAAUAUGGCAGAAGAAACACAGUAUACGUAUGGCAAGUAACACUUGUCAGUUACAUUCAGCUACCAACGGCUUUAGUUUUCGUUUUGGCCUUGCUCACGCCUGCUAUCCUGAUCCUGCCUACUUUUUGGCCCUCAACAGGGGGGCUGUUGAGGGCCACCAAAGCAUGGGGGGUAGGCAGGAUUUUCCUGUUUUUGAACGGUGACUGCCUGCUCUGAGGCU